CCGGCCCCGCAUUUGGCGAUCUGGAGCCGCUCAGGAUGGCUCGCUCGGUGGCUGUGAUCUUCCUGGUGCUCGUCUCAGCGGCGGGACUGUACGCUAUCCAGAGCACCCCUAAAGUGCAGGUGUACUCGCGCCACCCACCGGAAAAUGGGAAAACAAACUUCCUGAACUGCUACGUGUCUCAGUUUCAUCCGCCUCAAAUUGAGAUCGAACUGCUGAAGAACGGAAAGCCGAUGGAAAAAGUACAGUACUCAGAUCUAUCCUUCAGCAAGGACUGGACCUUCUAUCAACUGGCUCACGCUGAAUUCACCCCUACUGCAACGGACUCCUAUACCUGCAAAGUUACACACAUCACUCUCAAGGAGCCCAGGAUUGUUACCUGGGAACGAGACCUGUAAUCAAGCAGCAUGGAGGUCUGAGGAUUCAGUUGUACCAGUUUAAUUCCAAAUUCCACUUUUGAUAUGCUAUACAAUUUAUGCACACAGCAAGAAGUAGUAAUGUGCACACCAACUUCUUUAUAAUUUACUUUAAAUGCCAUAUGCAUGUUUAAAAAAAAAAGGAAGACUAGCAUCAUAGAUAUCUGAAACAAUAAAGCAUCAAUGAGUAUUUUGAUCAGAAACCUUAUGAAAAAACAUUUGAUAUUUUUGAAAGAAAAAUGCUAAUAAAUAUAGUUAAAAACAAUA